UCAGCUGAGCGGAGCUCGCGCGCGCUGCUGGUUCUCUCCGCGCGUGCGGUGACAGUGGCACGCGGAUAUCUCCGGGAUUUCCCGCGCUGCGCUGCGUUUGAAGGUGAAUGUGUGACGCCGAUCGGCUGUGGAGCCUCGGAGGACAUGGCGGUCGCCGAAUGCCCAGACUACUUUGCGCUCCAUCCGAAAUACCAGGACGCUUCCUCAUCUGGAUCAGCCAGAAUAAAUCACUUCCAGCAGCCGUCGAAUCCCAGCUCUCCUAAUCACCCAGAUGACGACGUUGAUCUAGAGGCUUUGGUGAAUGACAUGACUUCCCUGUCGCCCUAUGAGGGCAUUUACUCUUUUAAGACCCAGCAGUCAGACACCAUUCCUCUUCUGCGCAAUGGCCAAGGCACUGGUGUGCACAGUAACAGGACCGCUGUGCCAUCACAUCCGUCGAAUAGCAAAGCGACGAAUACUCACUCACCGGCGCAGAAGACCUGCCGCUCCCAACCUGUCCAUAUACUGGCUGUGAGGAGGCUACAGCAAGAGGAGCCCCAGGUUCGCCCUGCAUCUCUGCCAGCAAUCCCAAACCCUUUUCCUGAACUAUGCAGCCCUGCAGGGUCCCCGAUACUCAGUGCUGGUUCGACGCCAAAGCCUUCAGAUGUGCACAUCAUUAAGGUCUUUAGCGAAGAUGGUGUUGGGAAGGUGGUGGAAGUUCCCGCGCACAUGACCGCCAGAGACGUGUGCCAGCUCCUGGUUUAUAAAAGUCACUGCCUGGAUGACAACUGCUGGACUUUGGUAGAGCAUCAUCCCUUACUCGGAAUAGAGAGGUGUCUGGAGGACCACGAACUGGUGGUUCAGGUGCAGGCCUGCAUGUCUCCGGAGAGCAAGUUCCUGUUCAGGAAGAACUACGCCAAAUACGAGUUCUUCAGGAACCCGCUGAAUUUCUUCCCAGAACAAAUGGUGGCAUGGUGUCAAGAGUCCAAUGGCACGAUCCCACCAUCCCAACUUCUGCAGAAUUUCUUGAAUUCCAGCCGCUGCCCUGAGAUCCAGGGCUUCCUUUACAUGAAGGAGACGGGCCGCAAGUCCUGGAAGAAGCUUUACAUGUUCCUGCGCCGCUCCGGACUCUACUACUCCACUAAAGGGAUAUCCAAGGAGCCCAGGCAUCUGCAGUUGCUGUCAGAUUUGGAGGAGAACAGCGUGUUCACCAUGACGACAGGCAAGAAAGUGCACAACGCUCCCACAGACUACCAGUUCUGCAUUAAGCCUACUAAGGGCACAACGGAGUUGAAGGAUCUGAAGAUGCUUUGUGCUGAGGAUGAGCAGAGCAGAACAUGCUGGAUGACUGGGUUCAGAGUGUUUAAGUAUGGAAUUCUGCUUUACCAGAACUACAAGAUCCCUCACCAAAGACAAGCACCAGUCUCAAACUUCACAGCACCAGUGAGGAGCGUGUCAGAGAAUUCACUCGUUGCCAUGGAUUUCUCGGGGAGGACAGGCCGCGUGAUUGACAACCCUGUGGAAGCGAUGAGUGCGGCGAUGGAGGAAGGACAUACUUGGAGGAAACGAAGUCAGAGAAUGAAUGUAACGGGCCACCCUACUUCUCCGCAUCAAUCCACUUUAAGCUCAGCGAUCCACCGGACACAACUGUGGUUCCACGGCCGCAUCAUGAGGGACGAGUCCCACCGUAUGAUGAUGCAGCAGGGUCAGGUGGACGGGUUGUUUCUUUUGCGGGAUAGUCAGAGCAAGCCAAAGGCUUUUGUACUCACUCUGUGCCAUCACCAGAAGGUCAGACACUUCCAGAUCUUGCCUUACGAAGAGGACGGUCAGAUCUUCUUCAGCCUUGACGAUGGUUCCACCAAGUUCACAGACCUGAUCCACCUGGUAGAAUUCUACCAACUUAACAAAGGAGUCUUACCCUGCAAACUCAAACACCCCUGCACCAUGGUUGCCUUAUGACGUCCCCCAACCCUUCCCACCCCUGUUCACACCCUUUGGAACGAACUGCCAUUGCGUCCUUGCACCAAUGGCUGAGAACAAAGAAAGUCGUAUCCCUCCUCCAUGAUAAGCUCACAGUUUUCAAGACAUGAAGAACCUUUUCUCAGUCGUUUAUAUCUCGUCUCUGGGAUCAUUGCAGACCUGAUGGCUCACUUGGUCCAUUUAAUGUAACACUGCCAAUGUAUUUCACAUUUUUCCAAGCCAGUCUUGGUCACCUCAAGACUUCAUCCCAGAGAAGGCCUUGAUGCUACAGUACGAUGCAGAAGAUACUCUCACAAUUGCAGAAAGAUGGUCAUAUCUUUUCUGUUGCUUAUGCCUUGUAAUAUUACUUGAUAAUAUUUGAUUGGUAUUUGCGGGAUUGCUGAUUGUUUCAUACUUAGUAUUUUGCACUUUCGAGCUGAAAACGGGUGGCCCACUUUACCGUUAAAAUGCCCCUGUCCUCGUUUCACCCCCUCCUUCCCAUGGCCUCGUGGUGACUAAGCCUCAGUGGGGGAUUCCUGUGUGGUAAUUGGAUUACAGCACAACACAAGCCCUGUCGGAGCUUCCUAUUGACGAGGUUACAGCUGACGUCUUUUUUUCUUUGCACUGUGCUCAGUCCAAGCUAUUCUCCAGCGUGUCCUUUUUGCCUUAGAGACCUGAGGGCACUGGGAUGAAGCUGUGUUGCGUUCGGUCAGUUUGGAGACUGAGACGUUCCACGGGGAAGCUGCACAUCAUAUCGGCUUGAGAAAUUCAUUUUGAUUUGUGGAUACAAUGCAUCUAUAUUAGGGGGACAAAAAGUCACUUUUAAUUGAAGUGCAAUAUUUUCUAAGUACAGCCUAUGGGGGAGUUAAGGAAACUUGACCCAGGCCCUGAGUGGCUGCCUUAAAAAAAACUUGACCCAUCCUCAAGUUGCUGAUUUUUGACUACCCAGAGCACAAUCACUGAGUUAAACGAUUAGCCCUUCUCUGGCUAUGUAGCAAGUUAUUAUUAUUAUUAUUAUUAUUAUUAUUAUUUCUUUAAAAUUCUGGAAAGUUUUACAUUUUACAAUUAUCUUCACAUCAUUUUGCUAUCCUUGAGCCACAUGAACAUAUGAAAGGUGUAAAAAGGCCCCAUUUGUACCUUGAAUUAACAUGUGAUCUGAUCUGAUCUGAUCUGAUCGGUUACAAAACACAGAAUGCAUUAUUAUCAGAAUAUGUUUCGAUCAUUUACUCCAGUGUUUCUCUCAACCAAGCCAACACGUUGCAAUUCUUCCUUUCACCUGAUGGUGGCAGCAGACUAUGUUAACAUAAGCUAGCUAGCUAAAUUUUAAGAUCCUUUUUUUCUUUUUCAUUAAUUAAUAAUUAAGUUAAUAACUAAUAAUAAUUAAUGGCUACAGAAUAGGGUUGCAAAUUUCUCACAGUUUUCUCGACUAAUAUUUAACCAUGAUAAAAAAAACACAUUGCAAUCUUAAGUUAUAUUUAAACAAUUCUAACAGCACAAUCAACAAAUAUUUUUUUGUUUUUGAGAAUAAUUUGUCUUGCAGCUUAUUAAAAACAAUGCCACUAAAAAUGCAGUGUCCAAUAUCGUACACUGCCUAGACUGCUAGUGCGCCCUCUUGUGGUGUAUGGAUUAUUGCGUAUGUAAGCGACUGAGAAACAUUAUGCAAAACAAGCAUUAUCAGUUGGUCAUGAAUUCUAAGUGUCAAUUGAUCAAGUAACGAAUAAUCGUUAACAUUAUUCCUUCUACAAAUACAAAAAAAAAAGCUAAUUGUCCUUGUGGGAAGAAUUUCAAGAGCUGGGAAGAAGAAUAGUUUUUUGUCGAGAGACUGCUGUGGUAAUCUAACAUCAUGAGACAAACAUUAUGAAACAAAUCGUGAGGAUUAGAGGGUUAGGAUCCUGAAGCAGCUGGAAGCUUUCUUGGCAAAAGUCCCAGUUCAGAACAUUACUGGAGCUAAUAAGUGGAGCUGCUUCUAACCAUUAAGCACGGAAUAAGUUUCAUGAAUCCUUGAAGUGGUGAAUAUCAGUUUUCCUAAAAGGAAUCACUUUAUAAAUUUCAUCUUGUAUCUCAUAACUCCAGCCGUCCGGUGAUACCCUGCUGCAGUUACUUCAUUAAAAUAAAAUUCACUAUAUUAGAGCCGACCUGAGUCAGACAAAGUCCAGGGGUCUUGCAUCGGCUUCACGCCUACUGUAACUAGCUGACAUUAUUGUGCAAUUAUGAUUAUGUGGUGUUGGUGGAGGUAGGGGGAGGAGCUAUGAUUACACUGCGUUUAAAUGUGAGCUUUAGUGAUUCGUUAUCCAGAUGUUGAUAUACAGACAUCAAUGCACAUGUUAAUGUGAGAUACAAAUGGAGCCAAAGAGAAAAUAUGCACGAACAUUUAAAAGAAGAAUGUUCGCAGGGGUUUGUCGGGAGUCCUGAGUGCAAUCAGAAAACCUUUACGUCUGUGUCGGUCCAUGAGGAGCUCUGAUGGAGAAGAAGUAGUGCAAGUUUCAGUAUACAGACCUGUGAAUAUGCCACAGUCGCACUGCGGCACAAUCCUCCAUGUCCUACACUGGCCCACAAGUCUUAAGCUAUGAUCUCAUCCUACGGUUUGAUAAAACUCACACAACCGACUGUUAAAACCGCUCAGAAUGUAUCACACUUGUGAUCGAGCGAUGUGCAUGUUAGUCAGUUUUCUAGUAUGCAGACAAAAUUUUAAAUCUGGUGCAAGCAACUUUUCAACGGAAUUCAAAACAAUUUUUAAGAUUGAUGCUUAAUCUGUGUAUUCCAGUAUUUUUUUUUUUUAGAAUGGGUUUAAAUAUCCUUGUGAACAGCAACACUGGUCAUUUAACGACAUACCUACAGAGUGGAAAGUAUGUAAUGCAUGGUUUACGAGGCACAUCUUGUAGUCAAGCCUCUGUAACGCCAAGCUGAUCCGAAUGUACGUACCAUAAGACCAGUUUAUCAGACAUGUGAUUUUGGGAGGGGUAAAAAAAAAAAGAAUAAGAAUGGCCUAUACAGGUGUAUUUUUUUGCUAAUCCUGUGUGCAGUUACAAUGCAGUGCAAAAAGCUUUAGUAGCAAUAUAUACACAGUAUUGUGCAAAAGCCUUGAGCACCCAAAUCCACAAAAUUCUUUAGAAAGGAACAGAUGCUGAAGGCUGAGUGGUUGAAACGGGCGAGAGGGGAAAUGAGGUUGCUGCCAAGGUUGAUGCAUACAUUUUUGCAUGUGUUCCUAUUUCUUUAAGUGAAUCUACAUGAUGCAAUUUUAUUUCAUUUAAUAUAAAGAAAUGAGGGGCCACAAGACUUUUGCACAGUACUAUAUAGGUAUAUAUAUAAAUAUAUAUUUCUGAGUGUGUGAAGCUUAAGCUCUAGAUCUAACACUGUAUCUAUGCUAUCAACAGAUAUGUAAAUGAGUUGGGCUCCCAAACGGAAUGAAGACUUUACAUAGUUGUUGUGUACUUUGCAUACUCCAUCUCAGUGAUUUGUAUCAGUGUGCAUAUUAAUGCUAUAAUGAUAUUAUCUGUUCUCAUUUGUAAGUUUUUAUAAAAUCGUAUAUUAUAUUAAGCCCUGUUGCACAUGUGAAUCUUGUAUGUAUAUAUAUAUUUAUAUAUAAGGUGUCCUGCGAAUUGCAUUUCAGACCCAGAGUGUGUCCAAGGGGUGACCAUAGAGUAAAAAACGAAGAUCAAGGGUUUAAAGCAGCAUUUCUGGAUCUCGUGCACCUUUGAUCCAUAGGGAGUUGCCACGUUGCAUGUUCGCUCUUAGUGGCAGGUCUUUGGUGCCACCUAGUGGUUAAUUUCCAAGUGAUCCAAGUGAUGAAACCUAAAACCAAACAAAAAUUUGAGGCUUGUAAUGUAUUAUAACUCAAUAAAGACCUAAGAUCUAA